UGGACCGAAUGCUCGCUCCAAAUUAACCAGGUGCUCCGACUCCGAGCGCAUGAUCCUAAACUAACAACACUGUGCCCGUUCUUGUAACCUUGCGGAACUCCUUUUUCUUGUAAUGCAAUCGCACGCAAAGCUUUUGCGUGGCCGCGGAAAAGAAAUGGAGAAAACCAUCACCCCUCUCGUGCUCAUGCCCAUAUAAGUAGCAGCAUCCAAGGGCGCGAUAGCAAAAGCCUUCCCACUCCCUUCCCUUCCAUCUCAGACGCCACACCCAGCCCCGACGUACGGCCGCCGGCCGGCAAGAAGGCGUCGUCCAUGGGGCCCCAGCAGGACCGGUCGGCGUCCAAGGCGCUCGCCAACGGCACGGCGGUGGCGCCCGAGAGGAAGGACGGCAAGGUGGUGCACUACAAGGAGUGCCAGCGCAACCACGCCGCCGGCAUCGGCGGGUACGCCGUGGACGGCUGCCGCGAGUUCAUGGCGUCGGCGCCCGCGGGCGCCGAGGCGCUCCUCUGCGCGGCGUGCGGCUGCCACCGCAGCUUCCACAAGCGCGAGGUGGAGGCCGUCGACUGCGACUGCUCCUCCGACACCUCCGGCCGGUGAUCGCCGCCGCCCGAGAUCACUGCCCAAGCCUGCUAGCUCUUCUCUUUGCUGGCUCGUCCGGGUGGACCAGCACCGGCAGGUAAGGCGUGGUGGACAUUGAGAUGAUUCCAUUCCAUCUCGAUCGAUCUAUCAAAAACAUAUAUAUAUAUGGCCCGGUUAAUUAUCUUCUUCCUCCUCCUCUUGAUACGGUAUUGGGAUUAAUUUGGUGACCGACUGUGUGUGAUGUAAUUAACAUAUCCGUACGUGUAGCAUAUGUGUGUUCAAGAGAAUCCAGACAGGUGUGUGUGUGUGUAGAUCGAUCGAUGAGAUGAACAUCUUGUAAUUUGUACAGAUUUGUCCUUCUUGUUUGGAACCAACGAUUAAUAAGAUAUGCCUCUGAAUUAUUGUUUAA